GAAUGUGACGUUCAAGGUCGUCGACAUACAGCUCAAAACUGAAUGAAGAAAAACAAGAUACUUAUUGCAACACUCAAUCAUCAACAACGCUUCCACGAUCUCAGUUAUUGGUCCGACUGCUAGAAAUUUCGCCAUACUCUAAUCUUUAUCCUAUUCUCAAAUUUCGUUUUGAAGAUGACCCCCGCAUACGAACGAGAAGAAACAAUGAACUCACCCUAUUCGUCGUCCCACUAUCUCGGUGUGAGCGAGGGUGGAAGUAGCGGGGAUUCACAAAUAAACAACGUCAGGUCUGAUGCCGCUCAGACAAGAAAUCCACUUCCUCGACAAGAGACCAAUGCGACCUUGCCUCCUUACGCUAGCUCGACCGCAAUCCCUGCCUACAUCUCCAACAGCUGCCAAGAAGCAUGUUCAGUGGGCCGCGCAAAAGGCUAUUUGCUCUUGCUUUCGGCUUUUUCUAAAGUACUCGAUCAAGUCCGCAGGACGAGCUCGUGUAUUAGCUUGGAACAUUCCGUGAGCGAGGUUUCACCCGUACAAGCUGUAAACGGCUCUACAUCAUGGUCGUCAGAUUGCGAAGGACCGUUGUCUGAAGAAUGCAGGGUGGCUUUGUUUGUGGAAAUGGCAGUCCGAAGGUUUGGCUACUGGCAGGAGCGGCUGCUAGCACUGAAAAGUACAGCAUUACCCCCUCUGGAUGUCCUACUAGUGUGGGCGACUUAUUUGGGUUCCCCCAUUUGGUAUCAUGAUGACAGCGUUCAGGGGGGUACCACCCAUCCUCAAUCUGCAUUCCCUGAUUUUCCACUUGAAUCAGUUAUUGCAUGCAUCGAUCCUGACACCCUAGAUUAUCAACCGGUGGAUCCUGGAGAGUGGAAAGCGGCUACUGGAACACCCUUCGAUCCGAUUGUUCACUUUGAAUCAUCAACCAGUGCGGCCGUAAAUUGUCCCGGGUGCCGAACAAAAUUUUCGUGGCCUUGGAUCUUAGAGGGAGGGAAGGGAUAUGCACAAUGCCUUUUUGUCGCCGAGUGUCCCACAACAAACUGUCGACUACGAAUUGACAAAGAGGCUAUGGGAGUUGGACGUCUUGCACGUCGGAUCGCAGACAUGUAUGAUAGGUCUAAUUGCCAACUUGCCACUCGGAUACUCACCGGUGGGCUGUUAAAUCAUCCGCUAGAUAUACCUUUUAAGUCCAUACAAACGUCAGAAGACAAGUCUAAAAGUUUAUGUAAACACUGGCGGUGGCGUCGAUCGUACGCAUUUGCAUUCUUAGUGGAACAGCUACCUCGCGUAGACAAGAGAGAAAUCAGUAGAUUGUCAAGCGCCUUUGUGGGAGCUGAGGAAGCGAGCAUUGAUCUUGCACCCGCGACCUUUCGCCAUAUCGGUUUCAUCGAUACGCUCAAGCACCUUGGAUGGUUGAAUCCUUCAACAUGGGUUGAUAGGUCAGAGGCUUUGUACACGGCAAGGUUGCGUUACGCCAAAUUUAUGAACCUCGCUCGAUCCCCAAAUCUCAUACCAGUCCCGACACUAGGCAUCGAGAUCAUCUGGCAAACCCACAUGCUAGCCUCCACUACCUACCGUCGGGAAACGCAAAUGCUUGUCGGCCGCGUUGUCGAUCGUGAUGAAGCCGUAGAAGAGUCCGUCUUGGCGGAAGCUUUCACAGAAACCGCUGAAAAAUGGAAGGCCUCUUUUCACGUCCCUUAUACCACAUCCGGCAUGCUCUUACCUCUGCCGCUAUCAGGCCUUGCCGCGAAAGUAGCGUUGAAGCUGCAUUGGCGACCUCGUCCUCGGCGACUAUCCCUUGAUAGGAAGGUCGAUUAUGACAAUCCCAUCGUCUAUGCAGUUGUCGAUUCUACACUCUCUCUGCCUUGUGAAAGGAAUUCAAUUGCGUUAAUUGACGACGAUAAGGCGCGUACGAAGAGGGCACUCAGACGGGAGGAAUACGAAUUGUACAGAGUCGCAGCGCUUCAAUGGGCUGAUAAGGGCAAGGUCGACCCGGCAUUGGCGGAAGGUCUAAGAAAUCUCACGCCAGCAUUUAUGACGACCACGCUCGAGGAUGCAAAGUGCGGGCCUGGAGGAUUUCCUUGUUCGCCAUCAUAUUUGACAAUUUCGGGCAAUCAUAUUAGCGGCAAACUUAUUUCGUCCACCUCAAAUGGCAUGGGUAUUGUAGGCGCGGGGUUGUGGAGAGGGAACGAUGCUGAGCUGGCCAAAAUGCAACCAUCAACGUCAUUGUAGGGGUACCCAAACAGGCUGGAAGACUGAUCAUCCACAUCCGCCUAACACGGACGCUUCGUUCAUAUCAGCUUGAAGAAUAGUAGCAUGGUCCCGGCUCAUGAGUACAUAUUGGUUGCACGUCUGCGGAUUUUACUUUUAGAUUUUCUUAAGGGUCGGUUGCAGAGGUUGUGGAAAAGAAACUACAGGAGUGUUUGCACGGUUUUCUUCAAAGCCUGGGUUUCAGGUAUCCCAAGGGGUUCUGCAGCUUUUCUCCAGCAUUGGAAUUGCAUGCAAGUUUACGAACAUAUGCCAUUCAAUAGAACUUUGCCUCAACUCAGCCAAAAUCGAUUACAUAAUCAUUUGGUUCUAU